AUGCCUACCGAGUCCCCGUACCCACGUAUCCAGGUCCCAGAGGUCGGCCUAUGGGACUUCUUGUUUGAACGAAAAGAUAAGCCAUACCCGGAUGACCAUGAUGCCUACACCAAACGUUCCUACACCUACGCUCAGACACGUGCUGCCGCGAUCGACUUUGGUAAAGGCCUCAAGGGUGCCUGGGAUUGGCAGAAGGGAGAUGUGAUUGCCAUGUUCACUCCGAAUUCCAUCGACACUCCCAUUGUCAUGUGGGGUGCUCAUUGGGCAGGAGCUACCGUCUCUCCUGCCAACCCUGGCUACAGUGCAGACGAGUUGGCUUUCCAGCUGAAAGACUCCGGUGCAAAGGCUCUCGUGACACAAUGGCCCGUUAUCGCGACUGCUCGGGCCGCCGCNAAAAAGGUCGGCCUACCGGAAGACCGUAUAAUUCUGAUCGGCGACCAGAGAGAUCCCGACAUGAGAGUCAAGCAUUUUACCUCGAUCCGCAACACCGCCGGUACCAACCGCUACCGACGUACUAAGGUCGAUCCCGAAAAGGACCUGGCAUUCUUGGUCUAUUCCAGCGGCACCACAGGUCUUCCCAAAGGCGUCAUGCUGUGCCAUAGAAACAUUGUUGCAAACACUCUCCAAGUCGGCACAGCAGAAGCUCCCUUGACCCCCAAAGACAGAAUUCUUGCCUUCCUUCCCUUCUUCCACAUCUAUGGUUUGACCGUCAUUUUGCACAUGAGCUUCUACAAGGGCUGUCGCACUGUGGUAAUGCCCAAGUUCGACAUUGAAGACUUCUGUCGUAUCACACAAGAGGAGAAGAUCACAUUCAGCUAUGUCGCUCCUCCAGUAGUCUUGCUUUUGAGCAAGCACCCUAUCGUCGACAAGUACGAUUUGAGCACGAUACGUAUGAUGAACUCGGGAGCUGCGCCUCUGACCAAAGAGCUUGUCAACGCAGUCUACGAUCGCACGAAACUCAAGGUCAAGCAAGGUUACGGCCUAAGUGAAACCUCGCCAACUACCCACACUCAACAAUGGGAUGUCUGGCAGAGCACUGUAGGUAGUGUCGGCAUUUUGCUGCCCAACAUGACCGCCAAGUACAUGUCGCCAGAAGAGAAGGAAGUCCCAGUCGGAGAGGUCGGUGAACUAUGGCUCAAGGGGCCGAACAUUUUCAAGGGUUAUUUGAACAACCCCGAAGGUACCGCCAACGCCUUGACAUCCGACGGUUACUUCAAGACUGGUGAUGUUGGGUACCAAGACAAGGACAACAACUUNUUCAUCACUGAUAGAGUCAAGGAGUUGAUCAAGUAUAAGGUAAGAUGCACCAAAGCAGAGCUGGAGGGUUAUCUCGUCGCUCACGACAAAAUCGAUGAUGUCGCAGUCAUCGGGAUUUACAGAGAAGAUCUUGCGACCGAAGUCCCCAGAGCAUACGUCGUACCACGCAAGGGUGUCGAAGCUGGCAAAGCCCUCGAGGACGAUAUUGUCAAUUGGAUUGGAGCAAAGGUCGCGAAUCACAAGAAGCUGAGAGGCGGUGUUAGAUUUGUAGAUCAGAUCCCCAAGAGCAUCAGUGGAAAGAUUUUACGACGUGUCUUGAAAGCACAAGCGGAUGAAGAGGCCAAGAAGGGUCAAAAGGCCAAGUUGUAG